AUGACUUUUGAGUGUGGUGGGCUGGUGGUCAGAGGAGCAUCACGUGAUCUUAUAUAUUUGAAUCUUUAUGUGGUGGAGCAGUACAGUUCUAUCUCAUGCAGAGAAUUAUUGGCCUUCUAUAAAAUGGAGACUAAAGAGCAUCAAGUCCCAUCCACAACAUAUAAAUUCAUUAGCAUUACCCUUGAAAACCUAGCUAGAUUGCAGACCAUGAACAUCACAAGUUCCACCACCUUAUAUCAUAGGGUUGGUGUGAAUGAAAGAUACGUUCAUAAUCCAUUGAGGACUCCCAAGAAGAUACACGAUCCAGAUCAAAUUGCAUAG